AUGGACAAGCGCUGCCGCGGGGGAGGAGGACUUCGAGGAGCUGCAGUGGGACACCUGGAUCUCCUACCGGCUGUCGCCAAAGGGCCCUCUCGCCAUGGUCGAGGAGAGCUGAAGGCGGCGGCGCAGGGCGGCGACCUCAAGAGGCUGGACGCCGCCACUGAGGCCUGGGAGGCGCAAGGCUCCGAGUUCAUCAGCUCCUUGGAGCCUCUCGCACCCCGGCGCCUGGAGCCGCGCCCAGGCGCGGCGGGCGGAGCUGCGGGCCGCCGAGGCCGAGCUGCGGGGCCUCGUGGCGGCGGCGCGGGGCGAGACGCUGCGGCCAGAGCACAAGGAUCGGGCCCGCCGACGCCCUGCGGGACGCCAGGCGCUCCGCCGCCGGCAGCCAGGUCGACCAGAGGCUCGCGAAGAGGCGCGCCAGGCUGCUGCAGGAGGCCACCGCCGUCGCGGAGCGGACGCUGGAGCUCCGCGAGCGCUUGGCCAGUGCCCGCGACGUCGUCGGCCUGGUGGGGCCGGCACUCGAGGAGGCGAGCGGGACGAUCGAGAAGCUGGAGGCCAGGGAGGUCCAGCUCCUGGAGAAGUUCCAGGAACUGUGCGCCCCCAUCCCCCGGGAAGGAGCUCCAAUCCGUCCAGGCCACCGCGGCCAUGCACUUGCCUUCGCAGGUCAUCCGCACCGCGCUGGUGGCCGCGGCGGCGGAGCCCGGGGCCGACGGGCUCCUCGGCGAGGAGGCGACUAGGACCCCGAUGGCGAUCGAGCUCGGGUUCUUCCCCGACAACGCCCUGGACGUGUGGUCCGUGACGCUCAAGGCGACGAAGUCGCCCUGGGGGGCGCUGUUCCGGAACGUGGUCAGGAUCUUCCACCGCGCCCAGAACCAGGAGACCGGGAAACGGGGCGUCCGGGACGCGCUCGCACUGCUCGCCGAUGGCUCCGACAAGGUGAGCGCGACGGGACCUUCGGGAUCCGACGCCGCCCGCCGCGCCGCGGGCCGGUGGCCGCGCUCCCGGGCGAGCGCCGAGCUCGCGGCGAAGCCGGGGGCCGGGCCCUCGAUCUGCGCGGCCAGCGGCGGCGAGGGCCGCGUCGAGGCCGACGCGAGUAGUAUAGGACGUAGGGGCAUCCAGUGCGAUGGCGCUGCAGAGCUCAGGUACGAGGACGUGAGGUUCUACCUGGACGUCUCCCCGUCGGCCGACCGCGACGCCGUCGCCCGCCUCAGGCCGCCCCCGCCCCAGAUCUGGGAGGCAGCAGCUACUCGCGUGAUCGAGGAUGUGCCCGAGGACUGCAGCGGGAUCGGCCUGGACGCGUCUCCUGCCGCGAAGGCGUUGUGCACCAGGAGAAGGCUGAUGUGGAAGCGCGGCGUUGGUCUGACGACGGCGGACCUGGAGCGGGGGUGCGAGGUUGCCAGAACUGCGGCGGUCGCCGUCGACCAGCGCGUGUACCUCGGCCGCCUCCUCCGCUCGCAGGUCUACUACGCGGUGGCAUCCUCGGCAGGGCUCGGGGGCGCCGCGCAGGCACACCUGUUCGCCGCGCGUUCCCCGACGGCUGCAUCGGUGGCCGGCUUCUGGCUGCUCUACGCCCACUGCGGCUACCCGUGGGCGGCCUUCGUGCUCCUGGAGCGAGGCCGCAGCCCGGACGUGGUCCGCCAGCUGCUGCUCACGUGGUGCGGCGACAGCGAGACCCUCCUCUUCUCGGCCGCGCUGGCGCACUGGCUCCUGGCCACGGUGGAGGACUGGUCCUCCUGGAGGCACCUCGUGCGGUGGCCCGUCGGCGAGGAUCGCUUCAGUCCCUCGGAGCAGUCGCGAGAGCUCAUGUGCCGGAAGAUGCUGUACGCCUACACCGCCCACCACUUGAUGACCGUGGCCGCGUUCGCGUACGCCCUCUGGGCCCGCGAGUUGUCAGUCCUCUGCUGCAUGGGCCUGGCCUUUGAGGCCCCCGUGUUUUUCACCAACGUGCGCGAGCUGGUCGUGGCGCUUGACGCAGAGGCGUGUGACGCGACGGGCCAGCCGCUGCUGGCCCAUGUGGGCCCGCGCUGCGCGAGGAGGUGGUGGCAGCUCACCGGAGUCGCCGUGGCCAUUGGGCGCUACCCCGCCGUCCUUGCGUUCUACUGGGCGCUGGCCUGCUGGGGGUCCGAGGUGGGCGGCCUCCCGCUGGCCACGCGCCUGCUCUUCAUCUGCUUCGGGUCCAGGAUGCCUCUGGCUAGGUACUGCCUCCAGCGGGCCGCUCUCCCAGGCACGGCCACGGACGGCGAGCGGCUGUGGGCCGGCGCGGGGCCCGCCGGCGGGGCGUGA